AUGGCUGCCGCGAGACGACUACGCGAAUUACAUACUGUCGUUGUUGGAAGACGUUUUACGAUUCGAGUAAGUAUCGAGAAAGAGUUUCGCAAAUAUUUAAAUAACAGCAAAUUUUUAUUUAUACAUACCGCAACGUGUUUAAGAAAAACGUAUGUGCCAUCAUCAUCGUCCAUCGUUUGGACAAACGAAACUCAAUAUGGCAGAGAUGGGAUUAUAAAAAUGGCCGAAAACAAUAUGACGGACAUAACUGCUUGUCAUUGGGCCGUCUCGAACAUUCUAACGGAAUCCGUUGAUUAUUUAAUGCCGACUCUCUCAACAAGUCAAUCCUUCAUAUUCGAUUCAAACAAUCUACCAUUGGGUAAAGAUAUACUAUUGAGAACGUUUUCCCGUCAACUUUGGAUAUUUUUCCUACUCGCAAUUUUCGCACUCGUCGUCGCGUUCAAAUUCUCCACGUUCAUGCAUUCCCGAUACGUUCGACCUGAUCACGAACCCUGGAGUUGGAGCGAAGUCAUUCUUUGGGCUGUCGCCACCGUCACGCAACAGAGUUUCAGCAGGCAUCCGAGAGGAUCCUCUUGCAGGACCAUGUUUUUCAUCGGUUACGUCAUAUCCUAUUUAUUGUACACGGGUUUCGCAGCCGGAAUCACGUCACUGUUGGCUUUCGACGAUCACGUGAAACGUCUCUCACUCGAUGACAUAAUCAGAUUGAAAUUGAAACUCGUUCUUCAUCGCGACGAAUACCAUUAUUACGAUUUGUUAACGAGCGAUUUAUCCACUUUGCCGAUAUUGUCGUUGCUCAAAUUUUUCGAAACAGGUUUGAUCGAUGCCGGAAUCAAAAGACACGUCAAUUUUCCAACGGAUUCCAUGGACAAACAAAAUCUUUGGCUCAGCACACAAUUAAAUAACGUUUUCUCCGCGUUCGCUUGCCUCGUCGGUGGUUGGACCCUAUCGAUUAUCAUUUUCACGUUCGAAUUGUUUUUCUCGAAAAGAUGA